AUGGUCAAUUUCACGAUCGACGAGAUUCGGGCCUUGAUGGACAAGCCCACAAAUGUGAGGAACAUGUCCGUCAUCGCCCACGUCGACCACGGCAAGUCGACCCUCACCGAUUCCCUGCUUGCCAAGGCCGGUAUCAUCUCGACCGCAAAGGCUGGAGACCAGCGCGCAACAGACACGCGAGCGGACGAGCAGGAACGUGGUAUCACCAUCAAGUCAACAGCCAUUUCUUUGUACGGCAACCUGCCCAGCGAGGAUGAUCUUAAGGACAUCGUCGGCCAGAAGGUUGAUGGCAAGGACUUUUUGAUCAACCUGAUCGACUCGCCCGGUCACGUUGAUUUCUCAUCCGAGGUCACUGCUGCCCUCCGUGUCACCGACGGUGCUCUCGUCGUCGUCGACACCGUCGAGGGUGUGUGUGUGCAGACCGAGACUGUGCUUCGUCAGGCUCUUGGUGAGCGCAUCAAGCCCGUCAUCAUUAUCAACAAGGUCGACCGUGCUCUGCUCGAGCUCCAGGUCAGCAAGGAGGACCUUUACCAGUCUUUCUCGCGUACCAUCGAGUCCGUCAACGUCAUCAUCUCGACUUACUUUGACAAGUCCCUGGGUGACGUCCAGGUCUACCCCUACAAGGGUACCGUCGCUUUCGGUUCCGGUCUGCACGGCUGGGCCUUCACUGUCCGCCAGUUCGCCGUCAGGUACGCCAAGAAGUUUGGUGUCGACCGCAACAAGAUGAUGGAGCGUCUUUGGGGCGACAACUACUUCAACCCCGCCACCAAGAAGUGGACCACCAAGUCGGAGCACGAUGGCAAGCAGCUCGAGCGUGCCUUCAACCAGUUCAUUCUGGACCCCAUCUUCCGUAUCUUCAAGGCCGUCAUGAACUUCAAGAGGGACGAGGUCGACCAGCUCCUUGCCAAGCUUGAGCUCAAGCUUCCCAGUGAGGACAAGGAGAAGGAGGGCAAGCAGCUGCUCAAGGCUGUCAUGCGUACUUUCCUGCCUGCUGCCGACUCCCUGUUGGAGAUGAUGAUUCUCCACCUUCCCUCGCCCGUUACCGCCCAGCGGUACCGUGUCGAGACCCUGUACGAGGGUCCCCCUGAUGACGCUGCUGCCAUCGCCAUCCGCGACUGUGACCCCAAGGGUCCCCUCAUGCUUUACGUCUCCAAGAUGGUGCCGACCUCCGACAAGGGUCGUUUCUACGCCUUCGGUCGUGUCUUCGCCGGUACCGUCCGCUCCGGCCUGAAGGUCCGCAUCCAGGGCCCCAACUACACCCCCGGCAAGAAGGAGGACCUUUUCAUCAAGGCCGUCCAGCGUACCGUGCUCAUGAUGGGUGGCAAGGUCGAGCCCAUCGAUGACAUGCCUGCCGGUAACAUUGUCGGUCUGGUCGGUAUCGACCAGUUCCUGCUCAAGUCGGGUACCCUUACCACCGACGAGACUGCCCACAACCUCAAGGUCAUGAAGUUCUCCGUCUCCCCCGUUGUGCAGCAGAGUGUCCAGGUCAAGAACGCCCAGGAUCUGCCCAAGCUCGUUGAGGGUCUUAAGCGUCUGUCCAAGUCUGACCCCUGCGUCCUGACCAUGACCAACGAGUCUGGUGAGCACAUCGUCGCCGGUGCCGGUGAGCUGCACUUGGAGAUUUGCUUGAAGGAUCUUGAGGAGGACCACGCCGGUGUUCCCCUGAUCAUCUCGGACCCUGUCGUCCAGUACCGUGAGACCGUUUCGGCCAAGUCGAGCAUGACUGCCCUGUCCAAGUCGCCCAACAAGCACAACCGUCUGUACAUGAACGCCGAGCCCCUCAGUGAGGAGCUCGCCCAGCUCAUCGACGACGGCAAGAUCACCCCCCGUGACGACUUCAAGGCCCGUGCCCGUGUCCUCGCUGACGAGCACGGCUGGGACGUCACUGACGCCCGUAAGAUCUGGACUUUCGGUCCCGACACCAACGGCCCCAACUUGCUGGUUGACCAGACCAAGGCCGUCCAGUACCUCAACGAAAUCAAGGACUCCGUCGUCUCCGGUUUCCAGUGGGCCACCCGUGAGGGUGUCCUUGCUGAGGAGCCCAUGCGUGGUAUCCGCUUCAACAUUCUGGAUGUGACCCUGCACGCCGACGCCAUCCACCGUGGUGCCGGUCAGCUCAUGCCCACGACCCGCCGUGUCCUGUAUGCCUCGACUCUUUUGGCCGAACCCGCUAUCCUCGAGCCCGUCUUCUUGGUCGAGAUCCAGGUUCCCGAGCAGGCCAUGGGUGGUGUCUACGGUGUCCUUACCCGUCGUCGUGGUAUGGUCUUCAACGAGGAGCAGCGCCCGGGUACUCCUCUGUUCACUAUCAAGGCCUACCUCCCCGUCAUGGAGUCUUUCGGUUUCAACGCCGAUCUGCGCCAGGGUACCUCUGGCCAGGCCUUCCCCCAGUCCGUCUUCGACCACUGGCAGGUUCUGCAGGGUGGCUCUCCCCUCGACCCCACCUCCAAGACCGGUACCGUCAUCCAGAACACCAGGAAGCGCAAGGGUCUCAAGCCCGAGGUUCCCGGUGUCGAGAACUUCUACGACAAGUUGUAA